AUGGUUGCAGACAUCGGACCCAAUGCCGACCCGACAGACGUCGUCGACGGCCUCGUCGGCGCCAUCAAGACCAUCGCCGCCGACCCCAACUACAACCUGCUGGCCAACAUCUUCAGCGAAGUGCUGCACCUGCGCGCCAAGAAUGCCGAGCUCGUCAGCACCAACCGCAACGUCUUUGAGCAGUACUGGGACUUUCGGCGCGAGCUGGAGGACGGCCAGGCUCGCCUCGAGGCUGCCAAGUCACUUGUCGAGGCCGAGCUUGCCGGCAAAGCUCAGGAGCUGACAGACAUGACCGAGGCGCGCGACAAGCUCGACACCACCCUCCAGACCACCGCCGCGGAGCUGGCCGACACCACAGGUGCCAAAAAACAACUCGAGGCCGACUUGGCUACGGCCAACACGAAACUCGACUCGCUCAAGACAUUCAAAGCAUCGCUUGAGAACGAGCUCAGCCAAGUUACGGCCAAGCUCGAGGAGCAGAAACACCUGUCAGACGUGGCCGCCCAAGAAAAUGCAGCGCUCCAAGUGUCCCUUGCCCAACGCGAGACCGAACUCGAAAAGACAAAAUCCGACCUGGGAGCCACCAAUAGCAACCUGCAGGAGCUCACCAAGGAGCGCGACAGCCUCAAGGAGAGCCUCUGCCACACCGAGGCCGAUCUUGUAGCCAAGACAGCGUGUCUGGCCGCACUCGACAGCUACCGCGUCGUUCUUCGCAACCAACCCGAAGACGUGUACGUCACCAUCCUCGACACGAUCUGGACACGCCUGUUCCACUUGGUCGAAGAGCACUUCCGCCAGGACCUCGAAGACAAAGUGCUCAGCGACCCCUCCUGCUGGAAGAACCUGCGCACCGCCGAAGCCCUCAAAGGCCCGACGCAGAUCCCCUUGCCCCAGUCCAACUCGCCCGUCGCCAAGGCCAUGCGCAUCGCCGCCGUCCUGUCCAUUCUCUCGCGCACGCUCCACAAGCACAUCUUCCGCCCCAUUUACCUCAUCGAGGACGACGCUGAGCUGACGCGCGUGCUGCACGGCGUCGAGUUUGAGAGCCCGGAACGCGAAGAGCACAUCCGCGCCACGCUGCUCGCCACGCUGCCGGACGUGCAGCGCCACAGCGCCAAGGCCCGCGUGCAGCACGUCGUCCGCGAGGUCUCGUGGGUCGUCCAGCACCUGCUCGGCGCCCUGCCGUACGACGCGUUCUGCAGCGGCCUUGGCAGCGCCUGCGCGCUCGCGUGCACCGAGUGGCAAAAAAUUCAGACGGCGCGCAUGAAGAUUGAGCCGUACUUUGGCCCGCCGUACGACGAGUUCGACUGGCAAGCGCUGCCGCUGCCCGAGUUCGAGGGCCGCACGGGCUCACCGCAAACGGGGAGUGGUGCCAACAGCGCGCGGGACGGCUCGCCUGCGCGGGCCGAGGACACGCCCAUCAUUACGAUCGAGGGCGACGACGCGGCCGCGGUUGAGCUGGACGGCACGGCCGUCGGUGCCGAUGCCGAUGCCACCACCGAGGGAAAUGCCCCUGUUGGUGAGGAUGCACCACCGACGGCGGAAGACAAGGCCGAAGGUGGACCUGCUGAGGGCAACACGGAUGCCGGCGACAACACCGACGCCGCCGCCGAUGACACCGCCGUUGCGAAUUCCUCCGACAAUGACACAGCCAUUGCCGACGACGAAGACGACGACGACGACGAGAUGGAUCCGUCCGACAUUCUACUGGUCGUCUGGCCCAGCAUGGCCGUCGUCGAGAACGGCGACCACCAGCCCAUCACCCAGGGACUGGUCGUCACCAAAGCCCAGGCCGCACUCGCUUUCCAGGAGGUCUACGCCGCUCGCAACACUGGCAACGGCGCGGGCCUCAACAGCAAGCGCGCCCGCACCAUGUCCAUCCCCUCGUCCAUGCCUAAACCGACCUUGGCCAAUAGCCGUGACGCCCUGUCGGCCGGCAACAGCCCGCUCCCCAAAAAGGCUUUUUUAGCCGUGGCCGGUGGUGGCGAGGAGGCCGUGUCGUCCGCUGGCUGA